GAAGGAGCCAUGCGACGGCUUCUCGGUGGGUCUUGUGGACGAUGACAACAUUUUUGAGUGGGAAGUCACGGUCAUGGGUCCGCCAGAGACAUACUACGAGGGCGGCUUGUUCUCAGCGCGGAUGACGUUCCCGACCGACUACCCGAUGCGGCCACCCCAGCUGCGUUUCAAGAGCGAGCUCUGGCAUCCGAACGUGUACCCUGAUGGGCGCGUGUGCAUCUCAAUCCUGCAUCCGCCUGGCGAGGACGCCAUGGGCUACGAGAGCGCCGACGAGCGCUGGUCGCCGGCACAGACAGUGGAGUCGGUGAUGCUCAGCAUCAUCUCGUUGUUUGCCGAUCCCAACGACGAGUCGCCUGCCAACCCUGACGCCGCCAAGCAAUGGCGCGAGGACAAGCGGGGGUACAAGAGGCGUGUCUUUAGGUGUGUCGAAAAGUCGCUUGGAGGCUGCUGAAGAGGGGGUUUUGCCGUUUGCUAUCUCCCAUGAAGUCGUUAGAAAUGAAACUACAGCUUCGUCUAUAGAAUUCGAGGGCCAAAAGAAAACCAUUUAUUUCUUAAAAGCUUGGGUGUGGGGUA